CGGCGCGUUCGCAACCUUUUUAUAUAAAAUACUUCUUUCUCAUGCUAAGGCAUCCACUUACAGAAAGUGAAUUUUCCUUUUCAAGGUGGCAACAACAACAACAAGAUAAACAUGAAAAAAUAAGUCUCCAAGCAACUCAUAUAGGUUCCUUGAAACAAUUGAGUUUAGACAAACUUGGUGAUCAACCUUUUGAUCUUAGUCGACCUACUUUAACAACUAAUUCCGAAACAACACGAGAACCAUGCAAUAGAUCCACGACGACAUUCCCUAUAUUGCAACGACAACUAGGACAUAUCGAUGAUAAGAUACCCGCAACGGAGAAUACAAAUUCAGCAACACCAUUCUCACUAUCAGAAAUCAACCAUAUAGAUAACAAGAAUACUAUUGAAUUGAAUCACCAACCUGAAAAGAUUAAUGACGAUAUUUGGAUAGAAGAAGCAGCAAAGCCAAAAUCACUAUGGACUCGCAUGGUUUCUUGGGACGACGACGAAAAUGAUGAACAAAAGUUGAUAACUACAGACGAUGAGACUAACUGCUGGACAGAACCUUCACCUUUUUUGACGGAAUCUCCUGACUGUAUUCAUGCUUUAUACCAUACACACUUUCCUGAUACGGUGAUUGUAGACAAUGAUCGAUUAAUCAAGGAUGUUAUUUACUUACUUACAGGAAUACCAUCAUUUUGUUUUGAAUGGAGGACGGAAAUACAACAACAACGAAUAAGUGGUGGAAUGUUUACUUUACGACAAAAUAAUAUUCGGUUUGUGGAUGUGAGUGCAACGACGAUUCAAUUGAUUUUACAACCCAUGAUGGAAUUUGGAACAAGGAUCAGGUUAUUGGAUGAAUUUGCUUCCUAUAUUCGAUCACUUCCAUCUACAUUUGGCUCCAUAGGUGUCUCUUUUGGUUGUUGUCUUGGGGAUUUGAUUUCAUAUCUUCAGCAUACUAUAUCAAUACUCUUUACAUCAUCAUCAUCAGAUGGUAUUCAAAAUGAUAAUAUCAAUCAACCUAUCCCUCAACUCUUGGAUAUUCAACAUCGUAUGGAAGGAUUUUUUCUACUUUUGCAUCAUAUGACUGAUCUGUGCUCAACAGUACCACCAAAGUCUAAAGAUCAAGUAUAUCAUAUUCCUUAUGGCGUGGAUUUAUUGACAUUGCUUUACAAGAAAACUCAGAAUUAUGACGAUUUACAAUUUGGAUAUGCAGGAUUAUUCAGGGCAAUCUAUAUGACACUUUUAGUUAGUGCAAGUAGUCCUUGGUUAGAAAUGAUAACUCAAUGGCUUCAGUAUGGAAGAAUAAAACAAGAUACUUAUCAAGAAUUCUUUAUCAUUAAAGAUGGGAUCAACUACUCGGAAAACAAUAUAUAUAAAGACAGACAAGAUCAAUAUAGAUCGAUUCAAAUCAAUACAUCAGCUUUACCUUGCUUUUUACCAUACGAUUGUGCAAACUUAGUAUUACGUGCUGGCAUGUCAAUACGAAAACAACAUGGAGGAAAAAAUUCACUGAGAUGGAUGCAGGAUGGAUUUCAUCUUUCUUGGUUUGAUUCUUCUUUGGCUACCACGAUGACUCAAAUAAGAUCGAAACAACAAGUAAAAAAUGAUAUGACUGUUCCUAUAUUAUCAUUAUUACCAGACCCUGAUGAAUACCUUCAACAAGAAUCAAUAGCUACUUUGAACCAAUGGAUGAAUCAACAAAAUAAUCAACAUACUCCACCUCUUUCUGUUAUUGUUUAUCAACAACUUCUUGAUCCUUUACAACAACAAUGUCAUCACAUACUUAAUCAACUAUCAACUUCUUCUACAACCACAACUACUAUACCUGGAAGAUGUGAUUUAUUAUUUACUUUUUGGGAUGGACAUGAUGAAGAAUAUCCAGCCAAGUUUUAUACAGAUACAGUUAAUUUUCCUAUCACUUUGUCACAAUAUUUAAAACAACAAAGAUCAUUACUAUCUUGA